GGGGUACAGUGCUCCCUCCCUCCCCCCUUGGCCAUGCCAGGGACGCUCGCCAGCUGCAGGGAGACACACUGGCCGCAUCCAGCAGCAUCUGGUCUGUGGCUCCCGGCGGGGGGAUGCUGCUCUGAUGCCAGAGCUUGGGAGAGCCCCCUCCUCCAGGCUCCACUGGGGACACUGAAGAAUCCACACUGGGGCUGCAGGCCCUGGCCUGUGGGAGCUCGGCCAGGGCUGGGGGGAUGCCCAAUGCACUGCAGAGCCCAUCACUGCCCUACAGAGCCUCGGGGCUUUGAUUCGACCGCCCUGUGCCAUACUUCAAAUCCCACGGCAGGAGCAGGACGAGGCUGCUCAGAGCCCAUACGGCUGGAUCCCAAGGGGUCCUGCGGGGUCUCUGGGGACAUGUCUGGACCAUGGCCCUGGUAGAGAACAUCCCCUCCACGUGCCUCUGCUGCUCAGAGACUGGGGUUCACCUGAGACCUCGGCGGGCUGGGAAGGACUCAGUGGGGAGCUGCAGAACGGAGCCCCUACAUCAGAGCAGCCUCAGCUCCCAGGGGCUGGCUCGGCAGCUUCUCUUUAUACCUGGAACAGGGCAGCUGCUCGCUGGCCUGCAGGGACCCCCUUUAGGCCUGGGGAUGCUGCCAACUCGGGGCUAGUCAAGCAGAGCAGCCAUCGCGCCCCCUAGCGUGGUACCGUGGGGCCCGACUGAGCCACCGACUCCGCCCAGAGCCAGCGCCCAAGCAGGUGCAGCAGGGCCCCGGCUCGCUCCUAGGGCCCCCUCCUGCGCCCCCCCCCGCUUGGUGGUUCUCCCCUCCAGCCCGGUUGGGCCCCUCCCCAUCCCACGCACCGGCCUCUGCGAGCAAAUGACAGGAAGUUCACACAAAGCCAAGAUACACAGAGGGCAGGAAGGAAGCGAGAAGGGGGAUUUUCCCCCACCACCAUCUUUAAUUUGCAUCACAGCUUGAUCCAUGCCCAGCUCCCUGCCCCGGCCCCGGGCGAGGAAACCGAGCACGCUGACUCCUUGUCCCUCCGGCGAGGGCAGAGCUGCACCCACGAAGACGUCACCCCAUACAAGGCUGCCUCCCACCAUGGCCCCCCUUGGGGAGGAGACGCCCCUGAUCGGAAACAGGUCCUGCAGUCUGUCCUCCAUGGAAUCGGGGACACUCCAGGUCUACCUGUACCACCCGGCCAACAGCCCACAAUUGGACCCCGACUUGGGCGGCGUCCUGACUUUCACGUAUGGCGAGUACUUGGCCGAGGAGCUCUGCGUGGCGGCAGCCAAGACCUGCGGGAUCCUGCCCGUUUGCCACUCCCUCUUCGCCCUGGCAACGGAGGAUCUGAAAUGCUGGUUCCCGCCCAACCACCUCUUCACGGUGGAUAAUUCGAGCUGCCAGGUUGUCGUCUACAGAAUCAGGUUUUUCUUCCCCAACUGGUUUGGGCUGGGGAAAUCGUACCGCUUCGGGCUGCUGAAUGACCGAGCCAGCGCUGUGCUAGACUGUCCCACCAUCAAUUAUCUCUUUGCGCAGUCCCGCAGCGAUUUCAUCAGCGGGCAAAUGGAGGGGGCGCUGAGCCUGCAGAUGCAGGAGGAGUGUCUCAGCCUGGCCUUGCUGGACAUGCUGAGGAUGGUCAAGGAGAGGAAGCGGAGCCUGGAGGAGAUCUUCAACAGCGUCAGCUACAAAUCCUGCAUCCCAGAGACGCUCCGGCACCAGAUCCAGCAGCAAAGCUUCCUGACCCGCAAGCGGAUCCGGAGGAAGUUCCACAAGUCCCUGCAGAAGAUCAGCGGCUGCCAGACCGAUGAUUGUGCCCUCAAGCUCAAGUACCUAAUCGACCUGGAGAAGCUGGAGAGGGCCUGGGUGGAGGAGAGCUUCCCGGUCCGAACCCACAGCGCUUGUGAGUGGGGCCAGGAGGGGCAGAGGAUCAUCCAUGUGUCUGGGGAGAACGGGAUCUUCUGGAGCCACAGCGGGGAUGAGAACCGCCAGCCGUUCUGCGACUUCCCCGAAAUUGCAGACAUCAGCAUCAAGCAAGCGAGCCGGGAUAGCAAUCCCGUGGAGAACCGGAUCGUCACCGUCACCAAGACGGACAACAGGAUCCUAGAGGUGGAGUUCCUCACGUUGCGGGAGGCCCUGUCCUUCGUCUCCCUCAUCGAUGGCUACUAUCGGCUGACGGCAGACGCUCACCAUUAUUUCUGCAAGGCAGUGGCUCCCCCCCGGCUGCUGGAGAACAUGGAGAACCAGAGUCAUGGACCUAUCAGGUCCGAGUUCGCAGCAAAGAAGCUGGCAGCGAAUGACGAGGGAGUCUACAUCCUCCGCCGCAGCCCGCAGGACUUUGACAGCUACUUGCUGACCAUCUGCAUCAAGACUUGCUUCGGACCGGAUUACAAGGGCUGCCUGAUCCAGAGGGACACGGAUGGGAGCUACUCCCUCUCCGGAGUCGCCAGGCGCUUCUGCAGCCUCCAGGAGCUGCUCUGCACCUACCAGAACUGCACCCUGCACGCCGACGGGGUGGCCCUGCACCUGGGCACCUGCUGCCCUCCCCAGCCCAAAGAAAAAUCCAACCUGCUGAUCGUGCGAAGCAGCUGCUGCCAGCUCCCCAGCUCCCCCUCUGCCCCGCGCCGCAGCAUCAACCAGAUGAUGUUCCACAAGAUCCAGCCAGAGAACCUGACAAUGUGCGAGAACUUGGGCCAGGGAUCCUUCACCAAGAUCUACCGAGGCAUCAAGCGGGACCAGGAGGACGACGAGUGCCAUGAGACCGAAGUCCUGCUGAAGGUGAUGGACAGCAGCCACGGCAACUGCUCCGAGUCCUUCCUCGAAGCCGCCAGCAUAAUGAGCCAGAUCUCCCACAAGCACCUGGUCCUGCUGUAUGGGGUCAGCAUCAGGAAAAACAGUAUCAUGGUGCAGGAAUACGUCAGGUUUGGCGCGCUGGACAUAUACCUGAAGAAGAACCAGGCUGGGGGUAAGGUGACAGCCAGCUGGAAGCUGGAGGUGGCCAAACAACUGGCCUAUGCCCUCAACUUUUUGGAGGAUAAGAAGAUCGUGCAUGGCAAUGUCUCUGCUAAGAAGGUCCUGCUGGCCAGGGAGGGGGAUGCCGCCAGUGGCAGCCCCCCCUUCAUAAAGCUCAGCGACCCUGGAGUCAGCCUUGUCAUGCUGACCAAGGAAAUGCUGAUCGACCGCAUCCCCUGGGUGGCCCCCGAGUGCAUCAGCAACCCCAAGAACCUGGCGCUUGAGUCGGACAAGUGGAGUUUUGGGGCCACCAUGUGGGAGAUCUUCAGCGGGGGCACCAUGCCCACGAGUGCCCUGGAGCCCCAGUUGAAACUCCAGUUCUACGAGAACAGCCUCCAGUUACCGGCUCCCAAGUGGACGGAGCUGGCCAAUCUCAUCACCCAGUGCAUGGACUACCGGCCGUGCUGGCGCCCCUCCUUCCGAGCCAUCAUCAGGGACCUCAACAGCCUGAUCACCUCAGAUUACGAGCUGCUGUCAGACCUGUCGCCCAGUGAGCUCCCAGCCAAGGAUGGCUUCUGGGGCUACGUUACAAGCCCAGUGUGCCAGGACCCUGCCAUCUUUGAGGAGCGGCACCUGAAAUACAUGUGUGUGCUGGGCAAGGGGAACUUCGGCAGCGUGGAGCUGUGUCGAUACGAUCCGCUGGACGACAGCACCGGGGAGCUGGUGGCUGUGAAGCGGCUGCAACAGAGCUCAGCCGAGCAGUUGCAGGACUUCGAACAGGAGAUCGCCAUCCUGCGCUCCCUGCACAGCGACUUCAUCGUCAAGUACCGGGGCGUGUGCUACAGCCUGGGGCGGAGGAGCCUGCGGCUCGUCAUGGAGUAUCUGCCCAAAGGCUGCCUGAGGGAGUAUCUGCAGAAGAACCAGGAGCGCCUGGACCACAAGAGGCUGCUGCUCUAUGCGUGGCAGAUAUGCAAGGGCAUGGAGUACCUGGGAUCCCAGCGCUACGUCCACAGGGACUUGGCCAGCAGGAACAUCCUGGUGGAGAAUGAGACCCACGUGAAGAUCGGGGACUUCGGCCUGGCCAAGCUGCUCCCCCAGGACAAGGAGUACUAUGUGGUGCGGGAGCCGGGACAGAGCCCUGUGUUCUGGUACGCACCUGAGUCCCUGUCAGAUAACGUGUUCUCCCGCGAGUCCGAUGUCUGGAGCUUUGGAGUCGUCCUUUACGAACUCUUCACAUACAGCAACAGAAGCCAAAGCCCCUCCGAGGAAUUUCUCCGCAUGAUGGGACUCGACAAGCCCUUGCCAAUCAUUUGCCACCUGCUGGAGCUGCUGAAGGACGACAGGCGGCUCCCCGCGCCCCCAGGCUGCCCCGCCGAGGUGCAUGGCCUGAUGCUGAGCUGCUGGGCCUUCAGCCAGAGCAAGAGGCCCAAAUUCAGCGACCUGGGGCCGAAGCUCGAGGCACUGCGUGACAGCCGGAGCAAGGUCCGAGGCUAGCAGGAUCGGGGAGAGGCGGCACAGGGGCCCCCUCGGCAGCUCCCGGGCCUCUGUUCCUGUCUGGACUUUACACCGCACCUCGCACCCUGCCACGCACGCCGCCCCCCCCCCCGCCUACAGGCCAGGGCCACCACGGACUGCGGGGUCGUGGCCUGCGCAGGAUCCCACUCAUGGGCCCAUGCAGUGAAACUGCAGGGACUGAACUCGGGCCAGGGCCCUCCCACCUGGGACAGAGAAGAGGACGGCGGGACAUGCAGGGGGCUUGACGAUGGCUCUGGCAGCUCCACGACCCAGCCUCCAGCCAGGCUCCGGGGCUAAGCCAGACGUGUGCUCGAGGCAGAGCAGCAAAGGGCCCCGGGUUCACUGCCGAGGGCUAGUCUGAAGGCUUCAAGGCCACAGAGCCGCUCUGAUCCCUCCAAGGCUCCUGCAGAGACACCUUUGUCCUCCCCACUUCAGCAGGUUGGGGGACUGGGACCAGACUGCCAGCCCCAGAGCCACCAGGUGCCCUCCCGCUGGGCGGCGUCACUGGCCCAGCCUGGUGGCUAAUGGGUUUGACUCAGCCACGGCUGGUGCUGUCCCGGAUCAUCGCUUCCCCAGCUUAGGCCUUGGCUCCCAAGGAUCCGCUUCAGCAGGGCAGAGGUCGAGGCACGUUCCCAGCUGCGGUGCCCAGCUAUUCGCCAGUGUGGGUGACGGGGAGACUGAGUCAGCCGCUUGUUGGUGCGGCAUGCCAUGGGCCGCAGAGUCAAUCAGCCCAUCUAGUCUGACCCUCCUGUAUAACAUGGGCUGGAGAACUUCACCCCCUGACCCCGUCCUGUCCCUGGGAGCUCGUGUUCGACAAAGCACCGCCUAGAAAGGCCCCCCCACGCCGCCCUAGGGCGGGCAGGCCCUCGCUGCCCCCUGUGUUUUGCUCAUGUGAUGCAACAUGCUCUUUGAACACAAAUCAGAACCAUCUGCUGGGAAUUGUACCUGGAUUGUACUUGCCCCCCUCCCCCCAUCUAGUGAUGCUACCAGCUGAACUGCUCUGUAUUGCCCAGGGAGCUGCGGAGCUUUUCCCACAGCCCCCAUUUGCUGCUGGAGCUUACACCAAAGACCCUCUAUCUUUUAAGAUACCUGCGGGGGGCUUUUCACACCCCAGUUUUUCAUGGAGGGGGAGAAAGGACUGGAAAUCUCAGCAAUCCUCCCCCCCCCACAUCCCCAGAGUGUCACCAGUUAAAGAGAGACACAGAAGAGCAGCACCAGUAUGAAUUAAUUUAAUUAUUCAGAGAAAGCAGCAAGGUCUGAAUGCAAGGACUCUUAAGGUGAAGCAGUUUUGGUCUUUGAAGCAGACAGGUGGUUGGGGAAUUCCCCUCCCACACCUCCCCAAAAAUGAAAUUUAAAUGAAAAUGAAAAACUUUUCUUUUGUUACAGGCAGUGAAAGUUUGUGAAAAUGUUCAGGUUUUCAUUUAAAAAACAAUUGACAUGUGUUUGUUUUCAAAACGCUGAAAACGCUUUGUAUGUAGUGGCCAAAAGCUGAAACGUGUUUGGCUCUUCAGCAAAAGUAGGAAUGUUUUUGUCCUAUGAAACCUUUUCCCAAAAUAUUUCAUUUAUCCGAAACUCAACUGUUUGACAGCAUAGCAGGAGCUUUACCCCGGGGACACCUGAGCCGCUUAGCAAAGAGUUUAUAUAUACGAGGUAAAAACAGGGUGUUCUGGUGCAUUCGAGAUGAACUAGAUUGCUUUUUAAACCAGCACAGCUCGGGUGGGCAGGAUUCAAGUUGUAAUCAGUAAAUGUCGGGAACCGUUGAUUUCUCUGUACACACACAAACUUAGGAAGGACUAUUGCCAGUGAUAACAAGAGACAUUUACAGAGAGGUAAAGUAAGAAAGGCUGCUUGUCAAUAACAGACUUUGAUUUAAGGAGUGUGACUUUAUACGUUUCUACCCAUGACAUUGACAAUUUUCAAUUUAAUGGUUAUAAAGCUUUAACUUUUUGAACCUUGAA